AUGUGGAUAUCACUGGAUGUGUUUCGACUCGGAUUAGAGUCGUUAGAACUUAACCGGAUAUGGUGCGUAUCUGGUGCUUUAUCUUACGGAUUUGGUAUUCAUCAGCAAACCAGGGGUGUACUGGACAGAGCUGCAGAGCCCACAGCAAUGCAAUCUGUCAUGAAAAAAGAAACUUCGUUUACAGAUUACUACACCACUGCAUUUUCUUGUGAGGCAACUGACGAUCUGGAUAAUUGGUCCAACGAUAUUUUCGCAUACAACAUGGGGCAAUCUUGCCGUGAUACACACAAUAUGAUUGUUGUACUCGUGCGCAAACAAGGCCUGAGCCUACAAGGCGCUGUGGACUACCUGUGCCAGCUGUGCGAGGGCGCCAUCCAGUGCUUCCAAGACGACCAUGCUAUCCUCCCUCAUGGAGAGAAGAGCUUGAAAUGCACCUGGCUAUCUACGUCGAGGGGUUGA